CAUUCAGUGGGUGGUGAAUAAGAAGGAAGGAGACGGCUUUUGCGUUGUAUUAUAUAUGCUUCGCGUAGCUGCUUUAUGUGAGGGAACUGAGUUCCUCUUUUGUUAUCCAGAAUUACAAGACGAAAUUGAAGACGUUUUUCACUCUCACUUAUCUUUCUGGACUGUUCCAGGGAUCUUACUUCCUUUCUUUGCUUCUUCCUUUCUAAGAGGCUCCCGCAUUUUCUUCAGAUUCUUGCUAGGACUUAAUUAAACAUGUACAAAGCUCCAGCUCCUCUCAGUGCGCUGAUUCGUCGUUCUCUCCUAUCAACUGCCAGAACCUUUUCCACCUCAACUGCUCACGAUCAAAUUGUAGCUUCUGUCCUAUUCGAAAGACUUCCCGUCGUCAUUCCCAAAAUUGAUCCCGUUCUUUAUGCUUUCCAGGAUUUCUCGUUCCAGUGGAGACAACAAUAUAGAAAGCCAUAUCCUGAUGAAUUCUUGAAUAAAUCUGAAGCAAGAGGGAAAGGAAACUAUCAGGUUGAGUAUGUGCCUGCUCCAAGGAUUACAGAAGCAGAUAAGAAUAAUGAUAAAAGGUCACUGAAGAGAGCACUAGACAGAAGGCUUUAUCUUCUAGUACUUGGAACUACAUAUGGAGCUCCAAGUGGGAGUCCCGUUUGGCAUUUCCCUGAAAAAAUCUAUGAGUCUGAAGAGACAUUGCGAAAAUGUGCAGAAUCUGCAUUGACCUCCAUAAUAGGCGAUCUCUCUCAUACAUACUUUGUCGGAAAUGCUCCCAUGGGCCAUAUGAUCCAGCAGCCUUCGGAUAAAACACAAGAAGUUGCACAAUUUAAGCGAUUCUUCUUCAAAUCACAAGUGAUUGCAACGAACAAGUUUGACAUUAGCAAGUGUGAAGAUUUUGUGUGGGUGACCAAGGAUGAGCUGUUGGAGUAUUUCCCUGAGCAAGCUGAAUUCUUCAACAAGAUGAUCAUUAGUUGAUGAUGAUUCUUUUGAUCUUUAUUGGUUUUGCAUUAUGAUUAUGCCCUUCCAAGGAUGUUUAUUUUUUUACCAUAAGAAACUAGAAUGUUUUGGAUAAUGUCUUGAAUCUAACUGUUUGUAUUGGAUUUAUCAGUUUCCAAUCAUGGGACAACUUUAAGACAUGUUACAAGUUGA